AUGAGUAAGGGAGGGUUUGGGAGCAGUGAUACCUUUUCUGGUGGUGAUGCGGCUAGUGGGGCUAGUGGCAGCCAUGAGCAAGCUAGAGCUCAGGACCUGGGGCUUCCCUUGACCAUUUUGGCCAGGCCCAGCAUACAUAGCAUUGUGCCUUGCUGCAUAAGCCAAUUGCUCCCUGCUGUUGAGGUUGACAAUGUGUUUAAGAUCAGGGGGUUUGCAAUUCACCAUGUCUCUAUCAUGGGCAUGAUCAUUGAGGUCACGAGAGCUUCGCCGUACCUCAUAUACAAAAUCAAUGACAUGACCACGAAAGCCAUCGAGGCCAGGCAGCCCUUGGCUCCACAGACAGCCAAGCAGUAUGUGAUUUCACUGCCAGUUGGACUGUAUGCCAAAGUGCUUGGCGUCCUCCAGUCAUCGGACGGAACCAGACUGCUUGGAAUCCUGAGCAUCUGUGUUCUGGAAGAAAAGAAUGAGCUAUCCACACAUACCCUGGAGGUCGUCAAUGCCCGGAUGAUGCUGGAACAAAGCUGUACAGGUGUGGCCACAGGAAGGCACCUGGGUCUUAAUUUCAUCCAUAUGGAGGUGCUGCGUCUUGUUCGAGUGUGCCCCCACCAGGAAGGGGAGGCUGUAGUCGAACUGCAAAAGGAUCUUGUUGGACUUACUGAGAUAGCCAUCACUAAGGCUAUCAAGUAUCUGAUUAUGAUGGGACACAUCUCUCGCACCCCAAAUUGCCAGUGCCUUAAAAUUGUGGCUGAGACAAAGAACUGA